UGCAGGCCGCCAAGCUCCGUCAGUAACGCUCGUGAUCACAUCAUCACAUCAUCGUGAUGCUCGUGUGCCGUCUCCGGGCCGUGCGUGUGCGUGUUUCGUAGUGCCGUGGUCCGUGGUCCGUGCCGUGUACCCCGUCAGCCGUACCGUGGUAAUGGUAGCGAGUGAGCAUUGAGAGAAACAAGGAUAAAUGAAUGACAGAACCGCCGGCUUCAAAUUUUGGAACACAGCACUUAGCGAAGUACAUUUAACCACCCACGUUCUGAAAGAGGCAAAAGCAUAAACCUCCCGGAAAGUGUGUGUGUGUAAAGUGAAUGAGGUCGAAAGCACAGUGACUGACUGGAAGUGUCCGGAAACCGGAAAACGAUUGGUGAAAAUUCAAUCCACUCCACCCGGUGAACACCAAUCCCCCAACAGCUUUGAAGUACCUCCCAAGUGGAAAUUUCAGAAAAGAAGCAUAACAGGACCCACUUUGUCACGUGUUUCGAAAAGGGGGUCCGCGUCCGAUGCAACCCCAGUCGCCCAGUCGUGUUCGCCAACCGUGGCGGAAGUGUUUAUGUAAUCAGCGCAACGGGGCUUAAAGCUCGACGGUUCAACGGGCUGGCAAAGCCUCCAGCCAAAUAGUCUAGCCAUCUAGCGUCGCAACGUGUAGCGAAAAGAGUGGGAAAAGUCUCCCAGCCUCUGCAACCAGCCAGCCGACACCAACCCCCAACAGGGUCUCACAGUGCGGGUGAGGUGAGAAAAAUAUCUUUGUAUUCGCAUGCGUCCUGCUAGGAGCCGUGCUGUGUCCAUCCGUGUGUUGGUGUAAAACGGGAAAGCGUAGCGAGAGAAUUCCUAACAACCGGAAGCACACCGGAACCAGUGUGCCAAUACGAGGAGUGGGAAGAGCGGCAAGACGAGUGUGUGCAUGUGUGUGUGUAUGUGUACGUGUGUGUGACACGGGCGGGUGAAACAGGAUGCAUAAUAAGGAUAAAAGCUUUCCGAUGUGCCACCGUUAAAGUGAAGCGUGAUUAUCAAGGCAGGCGGUACUGCGAUUGAGCUUGUGCGGAUGUGUGUGAGCGCCAGUGUGUGUGUUUAUGUGUCUGUGUGCUUGUGCGGUAUUCUAAGCUGCAGCGAAUCAACAGUGUUGCCGUGUGCGAGCCGCAUCUAAUCGUAUUGACGUACGCGCGCCCUUGAUUGUGAGCUGCGGAAAAUACCGGAAAAGCGUCGCCUUUAACGGAAGCCGGAAACGAGAUACUUUGGGGUAGCGCAACGGCAGCGUGUGGCGCCACGAGAGCAACGGGUUUUGCUGACAGCUCAACAGCUAUCCAUUAGCGAUAAGGAAAACCGAAACGAGCCACGAUGCGAUGGUGGCACCGCUGCCAGCACCGACACCAACACACGCAGCAACAACAGCAGUGCGGACCGGAAAAAUAAACAACGAAUUUGGAAGGAUCAUCUUUGCCGCAUCCUGCCCACAGCCCGUUUCCGUUGCGUGAAGGUGAAUUUUCGUGUGAAGUGAGCAGGAAGCGGAAAAAGCAGUGAGGGAGAGAAAGGAAGGGGAAAAUUCUUUUUUUUCCCACCCGUACCCGUGCAAAGAUAGCGUGCGAUAAGAGCGCCUCAGUGGGGUAAAGCGAAGGGCUAGAAAAUUGAUAUCUUGUUGUGAAAAUACAAGUGCUCCCACGAGUUUCCAGUGCCGCGUAUUUUGUGCCGUAAAGCAUCGUUUGUCGACCAAGUGUGCGUGUGUUUGUGUGUACGUGUGAGUGUGCGAAUGUGAAAAACGGACAAGUUGGUGGUGGUGAAAAUUUCGAUCAGCAACAUCAUUCUAUCGCGUUCGCGUGUGAAACGUGUCGUUGCGUGUGCGGAUGUGUGUGUGGUGGCUGUCGUUGUCCGCGAUGGGUGUGUUGGUGCGACCCGGUGCAUGUGUUCGCGUGUGCUACUAGGAAUGGCGAAAAUCUGACAACAGUGCGAUGACAUUUUCACGACAGUGCGGUGAGCGCGUUCACGCCAGCGGGGCGGACGCAGUAGCAGCAGGCAGCCACGGUGGUCCAAGUGGCCAAGGAGCGACACGGUGCUCGAAAGGUCAGCUCAUCACCUCAAGGACGAUGUCGAGUGGUGCCAGACGGCGAAGCGUGACGACGACGACGACGACGACGACGGCCGGCCGGAGCUGCCGGAGCUGGGUAGCGUUGACGCUUUACGCGCUGCUAGCCGUCGGCCGCUUCGCGGGAGCUUCCUACUCCGAUACGGACGAUCUAAUCAACGAGCUCGAUCGACCGAUUCCCAUCACAACAGUAAGCGGAGUGUUGGGCAAACAGGCCAGCCUGCCGUGCGACAUCACGCCGCUCGAGCGGGACGAUGCCGUGUACAUGGUGCUCUGGUUCAAAGAGGACGACAACGAACCGCUCUACAACUUUGACGUGCGGGGCCGCCAGGUGGCACAGGCGCGCCUCUCCUCGUCGGACAAGUACUUCGGCAAGCGGGCCUUCUUCCGGGCCACCACCCACCCGGCCCAGCUGCUGGUGGACGAGAUCAAGCUGUCGGACGAGGGCAUGUACCGGUGCCGGGUAGACUUUCGCAAUUCGCCCACGAGAAAUCUCAAAAUAAACUUCACUGUGAUAGUGCCACCGGAUCGGCCCAUCAUCUACGAUUCGCGGCGCCGGGAAAAGGCCAACACGGUCGAGCCGUACAGCGAGGGCAGCGACAUUGCCCUGAUCUGCGAGGUCAAAGGAGGGCGACCCCGGCCAAACGUUACCUGGUACCUGGACAACAGCGUCAUCGACGAGUCGUUCGAGACCCGCCCGGACGGGACGACGGUCAAUCAUCUGUCCUAUCCAAACAUUGGCCGACAGCAUCUGGACGCCCGGCUGAUGUGUGUCGCGAGCAAUACGAACCUGACGCCGCCCAACAAUAAAGUAGUCGUGCUGGACGUCAACCUCAAACCGGUCGCCGUCCACAUCAUGGCCAAGGAAAAGUUCGUCUCCGCCGACAAGCGGUACGAGAUUGAGUGCAAAAGUUCAGGCUCCCGCCCGGAAGCGGCCAUCUCGUGGUGGAAAGGAACCCGAAUGCUCAAGCGAGUGACCAAGAACUUUUCCGAGACGGGCAACCAAUCACUCAGCGUUAUAUCGUACACGCCGACGGUGGACGAUGAUGGCAAAUAUUUGACCUGCCGGGCGGAGAACCCGCUCAUCCCGGACAGCGCAAUCGAGGACAAGUGGCGACUGGUGGUGCAUUACAUGCCGAUCGUGACGCUCAAAAUGGGAUCAUCUCUUAAUCCGGACGACAUUAAGGAGGGCGACGACAUUUACUUCGACUGUCACAUUCAAUCGAACCCCAAACCCUACAAGCUGGCCUGGUAUCACGAUGGAAACGAACUCCAUCAUAAUGUCACAGCUGGCAUCAUCCUGUCCGACCACUCGCUGGCCCUGCAAGGCGUGUCCCGCAGUUUGGCCGGAGAUUACACCUGCAUGGCGGCAAACACCGAGGGCCGCGGUACGAGCAAUCACGUCACACUUCGCGUGCGCUAUACCCCCGUUUGUGCGGUGGAUCGCGAAGAGCUCUUGGGCGCUCUGAAGCACGAAACGCUGCAGCUCAAGUGUGAAGUCGAUGCAUCGCCACCGGCCGAAUCCUUCCACUGGACGUUCAACUCGUCCGGCGAGCAGACCGAGCUACCGUCCCGUCUACACUCGAGCGAGACCGGUCUAUCGAGGCUUAAUUACACGCCGACAUCCGAUCUGGACUACGGGACGAUUUCCUGCUGGGGACGGAACGCGAUCGGUGUGCAGAAAUCACCCUGCGUCUUCCAAGUGGUGGCUGCAGGUCGCCCUUUCGCACUGCAGAACUGCUCCGUGUCGAAUCAAUCAGCCGACUCCCUGCACAUCGAGUGUAUCGAGGGGUUCGAUGGCGGUUUGCCGCAGAUGUUCCUGCUGGAGCUGGUGGAGGUGCCCGUCCUGCGAUUAGUUAGAAAUUUAAGCUUACAGCAUCCGCCAGUGCAGUUCUUCAUAGAUAACCUCGAGCCGGGCAGCUCGUACCGCAUCAUCCUGUUCGCCGCCAACGCCAAAGGCCGCUCGGAGCCGGUCAUAAUAGAUGAUAUCACCUUCAAGGGUGUGGCCAAAUACACAGGCGUGUCCAACGUUAUGAAUGUUCCUUUAUCACCGGUAUUAGCCGCAUUAACACUCACGGUGGCCAUCCUGUUUGCCGUAGUCUGCAUCGUCCUGGCGACCAUUUACCGGCGACAUGCGAGCAAAAACACGACCAAAAAACUAAAGCCCACCAAAACCGCCCAGCUGACCUCGACACCCGACUGCCAGUUGGACUCUGGCGUACAUCAUCAGACGCACGACCCGAACGGCAUCCAGACGCCGCUGGUGGACAGUGGCGUUGGUGGACUGGGACGACGCGGUAGUCCCACGCUUGGUGGCGAACCGCCCGACGGGGACGAAACCGAUCCGGAUGUGAUACCGAAUCAGUAUGAGCGGAGGCCACCGAAGACGACACUUCCUACGCCGCUGUUCCGCAGCCCCUCGGCAAGACUGAUACACCGCAACGGCGGUGAGCAUCUGCUCCACGAGGAGGAGCGACAUUGUGAUGGAUCCAGUCUGGCCUCGCUGACCGGGUCGAACACUGAAGUACAUCAUUACUCCUUUAAGCCUAGUAAACAAAUCAGCUAUGCCACGCUGGGCCGUGCAAACAAUAGCAGCGUCACCUCGACGCUCAGUCCACUUAGUCAGCAGGCGUCCACGGCGACGCUGCCACUGCCGUCGAUGUCCGUAACCGGGGUCGGGGCGGUGGGGAGCCUGCUGAGCAGUCCGGCCUCCCAGUCGCUGGUCACGUCGACGCUGAACGAGUACCGGUUUCGGCCCGAGGUGGUCACCACAUCCAACAGAAUACAGGAAAGUUGUAUAUAAUGUGUAGAUCGAGCGUCCGACUUCAUCCCUCCCUCCCCAUCAUACGUCACCCCGCCAGAUUAGUGUAAGUGUUUGUUCGUAAGGCUCCCACAUAUCCUGCGGAAUCUUAUCCAGCGCCGGAAUCAUAUCCUCCAUACCAUCCCGCCCCGAAACUCACCCGAACCUCCCCCGUUAUCGUGAGAGAAACCCCCAGUUCAUCCCGUCAAUGCGUGAUUGUGCGUAAGUUUAGUGCGUAGCUAUCGUAGAGCCUUUGUUUUAGAAACACAGUGGAAUGGAUCGAAUUUGAAAAGGUGUAGCGCCAUUACUAAGCAAGCGAGAUAUUGUCCCGCCUCCCGAGGGACUGGGCCAUAUCUUCGAUGUAUGUACAUAUUUUAGAAUCUUGUCGAUUCGAUCUUCGAACGGAGUUGCAUCUUCCGGUGAGGAAGCAGAAUUACAGAUGGUGUUGGUGGCUGCUCGGAGGCAACAUUGAAGAACCCACACACACAGGCACGCGCGCGGUUCGGUGCCGCAUAUCUUAGCAGCGCGAGCAGCCCUUUCCAAGACAUUGCGUUAAUGACUGGACAAUAAACGUGGAAGAACACUAUAGAUGCGGUACAGCUACAGAGAGCCACACAGAAUGUGCAAUAUCCCCAGAGAAAGAGAUUAUUUGUGAGCGGGUUUUACUUCGUAGCGGAGAAUCUGUGAUCUCUUGCGGGAGAGCUAGUAUUGUCGGUUCGGUUGAACGGGAAGCGUUUGCAAGCUAAUCUGUUCGCUGGAAAGCUUUUUCACACUUCAAGUAAUUCUUCCAACAAGAAAAGAAUUGAUAGAGUGUAAAAAACUGAAACUGGCGGAUUGUUUACCCCGAGCAAUUGUUUCCCUUCGAUCCAGCCUCGAACACAAUAAAUCAUUCCUCUAUCGUUUCGGUUAGGCAGGCAAGGCUCACUAGCUUGUGAACGGAAAGGAAGGUAAAUACACAUAUAUAUCAGAAACCGGUGAAGCAAAAGUAAGUUCGAUGGUUCGACUGACUGAUUCCAUAUCACACAGAAACGUCGAGUAGGUCGUGGAAAUUCCAAAGAGAUUCGGUAAACAAUGAUUUAACAAGAGCGAUAUGGCACCUGGCCCCCGUGAGAAUGGUAGCACGCGAGCGCCGAAUGUGUGUGUGUGUAUGUAACAAAAAGUGUUGUUUUUAUUCACUGUACAAAAGCAAACAUUAAGAAGUGUAGUAGAAAGUAGUUAAUACAUCUGGUCGUCAGACAGAAGAGGGGAAGUACUAGGUAAUUCUUGUGUUUGCUUUACGUUUUCUGUUUCCAUUUCUAAACUAGCAAAAAGCAACGAGAGAUAAAGAGGGAAACGAAUCUAUCCUUUGAGGAGACUUGCAACUACCAAACAAUGAACGGACAAGAACAAGUUGUCAAGCGUCUUGGCGGAUGGCAGAAGAAAUCUUAUAAGGACAAAGAAAAUAAAAUGAAACAAAUGUAUGAUUUCCAAACAUU